CAGUAAGAACCCAGAGUCCUUUAAAUUGUUGACUACUGUACGUGCAAAGAUGGCAGCUCAAGUCGACUUGCUCCGUUCCAAAGUAGAAGACAAAAUGGUAAGAGAUCGACUGGAGCGAUUCAUGAAAGAGAAGAAAAAGAAGAAGAAAAGGGACUUGUCGCCGUUGGCCGACAAACGGGAGAGGUCUGAGAAAGAAGCGAAGAAAGUGAAGCUCCAUCACCACCAUCAUAAUCACAAACACGCCGAGCACCGGAUCCAUCAGCCGCAUCAGCUGCAGCAAAAUCCCAAGCCCCACAACUUCAGCACGGACAAGCACGUCCUGCACAGCCACCAUCACAAUCACAGCCUCACCAACGGCACGAAGAAGCCAGUUUUUCCUCCGCCUCAACCGCGAAAGGUGCCGGAGCAGCUGCAGAAGAAGCAAACGGUGCCUUCACAGCCACCUGCGCUCUUCACUUUCACGCCUCUCAAAGUGGUCAAGGCCAAGCCCCAGGAAUUCAAAGAAAAGCCCAGGGAUAAGGACCUGAAACUAAAGCUGAAGAAGGAAAAUGAAGAAGCAAAUGUGAAACACGUCGAACUGAAGAAAAAGAAAGAGCCAAGGCCUCACAAUGAGAAUGGCAAGUCUUUAACACUAGAAGAAUAUCUCCUUAAGAAAAAAAAGAAGAAGAAGAAGAACCAUGAGGAUGAGCACGGUGUCAAGAAGGUUCGACACAUGCACAACAAAGCCGUUCAGACUGUAUGCUCAGGGGUUGGAACAGAUCCUUCUCUGCCUGGCAGCAUUAAGCAUGAAAGCAAUCACCAUCCUGGCAGAGAUGCUGUCAACUACCCGGCCCACCUCCAUGCUCUCAAACAGGUUCACGCCCCCUUCUUUUCCCACCAGGACCACUACAUCCGCAGCUCCUGUCUCCAGACAGGAACACGGUAUGGACGCUUCAUACAUGAGGAAAGGCAACCCAAUGGUGGGGGGUCUAUCUUGCACGCCUAUGCUGAUGAGUUGGCCUGUCUUAGUCCGGCUGAGAUGGAGUGCUUUGCCCAGGAAUUUCUGAAACUGGCCUUUGCUGAAAAGCCUAAAGGUGCAGCCUCCUAUGCCUUGUCAGUAGUACACAAUGCAGCUGCAUACCUACCGGACUUCUUGGACUACUUUGCCUUCAACUUCCCCAACACGCCGGUCAAAAUGGAGAUAAUGGGCAAGAAAGACAUUGAGACUACCACUAUUGCCAACUUUCACUCUCAGGUGAAUCGGACUUACUGUUCAGGGACUUACCGAGCUGGACCCAUGAGGCAGAUCAGCUUGGUUGGAGCCGUUGACGAGGAAGUUGGAGAUUACUUCCCAGAUUUCCUGGACAUGCUGGAAGAGUCCCCAUUUCUCAAGAUGACCCUCCCAUGGGGAACCCUCUCUAGUCUAAAACUGGACUGUCGCUCUCAGAGUGAUGAUGGGCCGAUCAUGUGGGUCCGACCAGGUGAACAGAUGGUGCCCACUGCUGACAUGCCUAAGUCUCCUUUCAAACGGCGCAGGUCCAUGAAUGAGGUCAAAAAUCUGCACUACCUACCGAGAACCAGUGAACCCAGGGAGGUUCUCUUUGAAGACCGAACUAAGGCCCACGCUGAUCAUAUUGGGCAGAGUUUUGACUGGCAGAGCACUGCUGCUGUCGGUGUACUGAAGGCAGUGCAUUUUGGAGAAGGGAAUAACCGACCACGUAUAACCAAAGAUGUAGUGUGUUUUGAUGCUGGGGACUUCAAUGAAGUUGUCCAGAGGCUGCAGCUGGAUCUGUAUGAACCUCCAGUAGCUCAGUGUGUUCAAUGGGUGGAUGAUGCAAAGCUCAACCAGCUGAGGAGGGAAGGCAUUCGCUAUAUCCGCGCCCAGCUGUGUGACGACGACAUUUACUUCAUCCCAAGGAACGUCAUCCACCAAUUCAAGACCGUGUCUGCAGUCUGCAGCCUCGCCUGGCACAUCCGCCUCAAAGAGUACCAUUCAGAAGACGUGACCGCAAAGGAGGAGCAGCAACCCAACGAUCUCAGCCCCACCUCUGGUCGAGUGUCGUUUUUCUCCCCUGCCAGGCCCGAUGCCUCCAUAACCCCCUGUGCGAGACCACAGGGAGACAACAUCCAAGGAGGGGUGGCUAAAACUGAAGAACCCGAGUUCCAGAGGCCAGCAACACCUUCCCAGGAAACUCAGCCAGCCCCUCCGCAGCCUGCUAAAUCUGCUCACCUCCCAACAACAUACAAGGAUCCCCACCAUUUCUUAGCACCAGUCCACCCUGGAUGUACACCUUCAAAAGAGCCCAGCCUUCCGAAAGCUCAUGGCCACACUGCAGACUUCCCAGAAUGACCUUAUAACCCCAUCUACCCCCACAACCUAUAUUUCCCUUGUAAAGGAAUUUUGGACUUGGACUGACAUCUAUGUCAAUCAGGAAGCUUUUUGACUUAAAUUAUUGUUCACGCUUUUUUUUGUUUGUUUGUUUUUAAUCUUCAAAUGUUGUUUAUGAUGUAGUCACAUUUCCCCCCCCAGUCCAAUUACAUCAUUUAAUGGGAUUGUAUAAUACAAUUUCUUUUUUUAUAUUGCUCCCACAUUCACUGUAACUCUCCACUGUUUUAUUCAGAAGCUGUGUAUAGAAACUAUUAUUUUUUAGACUGACAUAAUUUGUCACAUGCACAUGUUUUAAUAUAUGUUGAAUGUUUAGCUGGUUUAGCUUCCAUAUCAUGGAAGAACUGAAGUCGCAAAAUGCUUGUGGAUUGAUUUAGAAACUUAAAAAAUGUAAGUAUAGAAGCAUGAUACUGAUAUUUUUUUUAUUAGUUUCAGUGACCGAUGCAAAGUGAACUAAUGUUAUCUUAAUACUGCGGCUUCUCAUUGAUAGACUGAGUUGUCAAAGUGCCGCCAGGCCUUUCUUAAUUGAUUUAAAAGCUUGGGAAGAAUUGGACCUUUUACAUUCGUCAUGCCUAUGAAAAUAAUAAUUAGCUGUUACUUUGGAUCACAUUCAAACGCCAUCUUUUAAACUUGAGUAUAAUUUCCUUUAAACUAAGCAACAUACAAUAUAUUGUCUAAAUAUAUUACAAGCACUUAAAUCUUACUCGUCUGCUUCAUAAGUUGAAGUUUGGGCAGUUCUUUAUUUAAAUACCAUUUUAUACAGGGCCUUUUUCUUACUGUUAAUACAGUUUUUUGAUAUUUAUUUAUUUUCUUAAGAUUGAGCUUAAAAUAUGAACACAGGUUUAUAACCAGUGAUGAGUAUUUAAGAUUAUGACCUAAUUGUAAAAGCACUUCUAAAUGACUAAGGAAUCACAUCUAUUGCGCUUAGCAAUAACAAUUUGACUCUUUUCUUCAUGUGUGGAGUUAGUAUUCAGAAUUUGGAAUGUAAAUAUUAUGUUGUUAUUGCUGGGAAUAUGUUGCAGCUGUCUUUCAGUCUCAGUUUAAUUAAAAUUCCAUUCACACUUUUAUUGUUAACUGAUAAUGUCAUUAUGCUGAAGAAGGCACUUUGUAGUGAGUUUGACGUAGUUGCAACUAUGUGGCAUCAGAAAAUGUAAGCCCCGCCCCCCGCCUGCACAAGGUUUGUCCAAAAAUACUGCUGUCAGUCACAACAUUAGAACUACUUGCCUCAUAGUAUGUAACUCCUGGCACAACACUGUCAGCAGUCCCGAAGGGUCUGUGUCUGUGGUCUCUGGGGAUCAGACUAUUGCAUCUCACAAAUGCACGAUUAUACUAGAACCUGCAGAGUUUUGAGGCCCGGUCUAUGCCUUGGGCAUUUUAGUCUGUUCAGCCAUUCCUGAGCACUUUUUGUGUUGUGUCAGGGUUCUGCUCAGGGAGGCCCAUGCAGCCUUUUUUUUGGAGUUGUACCAUCCACAUGAAUACCUGAAUUAUUUCCUCAAAGUCGAACGCAGUGAGUGUUAUUUCUGUGCGAGUCUGUAAUGCUGUGGCUAAUAGGCGUAUAGCGUCGUAGCUUUGAUCGAGUUUUAGAGGACGACCGAGUCUCGGAGCGAGCUUCAUUCUGUUGUCUUCUAAAUUUUGCUCCUGUGUGAAGGAAGUGAUGGUGUUUUGCCGCCUUUGCUAUACCACUGACUACAUCUUAGUGCCUUGUACUUUAUAUAGCUAGCCUCAUUUAAACCUGCAAGGUUUAUUUGUUGAGUAGGAUGGUAAAAUGGGGUGAGGCCAAACAGCCAUAGUGUACCAUGUUUUUGUUAUUAAAAAAAAAUGUUGCUCACAUGAUCCUUUUUACAUUUGCAUGAUAUCCAAAAGCAAAUAAUAAUAGCAUCAUAGUUUUAUAGAAGAUUAGGCCUUUCAUAAUCCAAACUAGGAAGAAAAAUGGCUUUUUUUGUCAGAAAUGUGGCUUUCACAUGGUCUUAACUUAAUAAAUCGAUGUAGAAAACCCCCCCCAUCACAGCCCUGUCAUAUCAGGCUUUUGUCAUUUCAUGUUGCAAUGCUCUGUGUGCCAGAAACAUGGAUUUCUGUUGUUUGUAAUGUGAUGUAGUCUUGUUAAACAAGAGGGGAAAAAAAAACACAAUUAGAAUGCAUACUGUCAAUAUUUUUUAAUAAAUAAUUUGUGUGUAA